AAGACGCUCACUCUUAGUCGGACGCCACACCUUCUUAAAUCCUCCUCGUCGCCUCCUCACCCAACUAUUCCAAGCAUCGAGAACUUCACAACACUGUCUCCCAUAGCAUGUCUGGUCAUAUCUUCGGUUUGAAGCUGGCACAAUACAUCGCCAUAACCUUGACACUCGCCUACUACAUCAUCGCCACUUGCCAUGCUUCAUUCUCUGCGGCUCGGACGUCCAUCCAUCGUCGACUACGCAACUUUCAACUCGGAUUCAGUUGCCUAGCGACCUUGUCGUCGUAUGCACAGGCAUUUAUUGCAAUCAAAAAUUCUCGGCCCGAGUCGACCAACGAUCCCGACGUCGUGUACGCCCUGUUCCUCAGUUUGGUCUGGAGCGUUCUUCUUUUGGGCUUCGAUGAUGCCUCCAAACCUGCCUCUUAUCCUCAUUAUGGCGCCUGGGCCAUACUUCUGGUCUCUCAUAGCAUUGUUUUUGCGCUUCAGCUGGACAACCGAUCAAGUUCAUACAGUAUCCGUCUCGGCAGCAGCAUCUUGGAAGGCGUUCGGAUCAGCUCAACUGCCAUUCUUUUCGGCAGUAUCAUUGUGGCCUACACUGGCUUCUUGAGAAAAGAGACCGGCAGCGAUGAAGAGACGCAGCCAUUGCUGGCUGAAGAAGCUGCACAGUCCAAGGCAAAUGGAGACCACAAGGAGCCAAAAACACCCGACCAGGACGAGCUAGACCGACUGGAGAUCCGCAAGCGGCCAAAAUGGCAAUACUUCGCAUCUUUCAAGAUCUUCUUGCCAUUCAUGUACCCCAGGUCCCACCAAAGCCGACUUUUCCUGAUCGGCAUGUUCGUAUGCAGUUUUGCGGAAAGAAUCGUGAUUGUUGCCCUUCCGCUGAGUCUCGGUACCGUGGUGGAUGGCUUGGGAGAGCAGCACAUUCCAUGGGCAGCAAUCACCAGGUACGGACUUCUCAAGCUUUUAAUUUCAGGUGCUGGCCUUUCGAUGAUACGAUCAUAUCUAUCCUGGCAUAUCACUACCAGCAUGACGCUUUUUCUAAAUCGAAACUCCUACGAUCACAUUAUGAAUUUAUCUGCCGACUUCCAUGACUCCAAAAAGUCCUCGCUCAUUUGGCAAACAAUGCAUCAGGGUCAGGAUGUGAUCGACUUCUUCAAUGAUUGCGUUUUCCAGUUACUGCCGACCUUGAUCGACUUCUGUGCAGCGGCUGUGGUUCUCACUUUACUGUUUGGGCCGUACAUGCUCUUUAUUGUCACAACAACCACCGUCUUCUUCUAUUGGCUGACCUUGAGGGCUCUCUCGAAGAAACGCGACCUCAACCGAAACUCGAUCGAUGCAUGGUACGAACAACACUACCAACUGACAGAGUCCACUAUGAACUGGUCUACUGUGUCUCACUUUGGCCGAAUUGCGUAUGAAAUGCAACGUUAUCGGGACAAAGGAGACGCCUAUCGAACAGCUACUUUGACUCUUUUUUUCUAUGAAACAUGGACUAGAGGCCUGCGCUACGCGAUCCCGGCUAUCAACUUCGUGGCCGCAUGUUGUGUCGCAGCUCUGCAGAUCGGUCACGGUCAGAAGAAAGUGGGUGAUUUCGUCAUCUUGGUCACAUACUGGACUCAACUCACGAAUCCACUGGACCUCCUCGCUUCCAACUUAUCGAGAAUUGCUCAGAAAAUGGUCAACGCCGAGAAGUUGCUGGUCCUGCUGGAGAAAUCCCCACGCGUGCAGGAUGAGCCCGAUCCACAGCCGUUCACCUUCAUCGACGGGGCUGUCGAAUUCGAGAAUGUCUCUUUCUCCUACGACUCGAAACGAAAGGUGGCUGACUGUAUCACAUUUCGUGCUGCUCCAGGCCAGACAGUUGCAUUAGUUGGUCGGACAGGAGGCGGGAAAAGCACUAUCUUAAAGCUCCUCUUCCGAUUUUACGAUGUCGACCAAGGCCGGAUCCUCAUCGACGGCCAGAACAUACGACAUUUGAAAAUGGAAAGCUUCCGCAACCACAUCGCCAUCAUACCGCAGACUCCGGCCGUCUUCAACACGACGAUUCUGGAGAAUCUGAAGUAUCCAGACCUCGAGUGUACCGAAGAUGAGGUUAUCGAGGCCUGCAAAGCAGCUGCACUCCAUGACAAGAUCAUGACUUUCACCAACGGCUACCAGGAGAAAAUUGGCGAGCGUGGUACCAAGCUGUCUGGAGGAGAAUUGCAGAGAUUGGCGAUAGCUAGGGCAAUGCUGAAGAAGUCCAACAUCCUGUUACUGGAUGAGGCUACAAGUAGUGUUGACAGCAUCACCGAAAAGCAGAUUCAGACGAGUCUGCAGAAGCUUUGCGUAGGCAAAACUACAUUCGUUAUCGCGCAUCGCCUGUCGACCAUUUUGCAUGCCGACCAGAUCCUCGUCAUUCAAGAUGGUUGCGUGGCCGAAUCUGGCACACAUGAGACGCUGAUAAAGCAAAAGGGUGCUUACAACGAGCUGUGGUCCAGCCAACUGCAGCUAGAGGCUCCAGAUGUUGGUGGCCGGUCUCAAUCGCGAUCCCCCAAGAAGCAGGAUGCUGCGUGCUUGAUCAAUGACCUUAGCAGCAAUGGGGAAGAUGCUCAAACUCUCCUCGAGAACACAACUGCAAAAGAGGAUACUGGGAAGUCACACGAAGGGGAAGAGCCACCAAGGCCGGGCAGCCGAGACCGUACAAGUCGAGACCGCACAAGUCAUCAAGCCUCGCAUGCUGCCGACGAGGAUCGUGGAAGGGUGAAGGGGAAGCACCUCGCUCGUGCCCUGAGUCGGAAGUUGUCUCGAUCUAAAUCGCCCAAGGAUGCUCCGCAACGUGAAUCAUCAAGCUCGCGUUCCAGAAUCCCCCUCAAGGCUGAUGCCCCAGAAUUCGUGCCUCGAAAUUUGCUCAAUGGGACCAAUCAUUCUAUUGGAGACAGUAUUAACACGGUAGCCGGCACAACCAAUAACGAUGCGUCCGUGGCAGACUCUACCACCACAUCUGACAAAGGAAGGACAUCUAGAGCUUCCACGGCUGACCACAGUGAGGCGUCCUAGGAAGGCGUCCCCGCAAGUCGUCCGUCCGGGCUCUUUCCCCUGAGACGAAAAUGGGCGGCAAAACCGCGUCGGACUCUCGCAAGCGGACUGUCUCGGCAAGGGAUGGGCAUGAAAGAGCCAGAGAUCAAGACACGUGACGCAGAAAAAGACAGCGCAUCGAUGCUCGAGGAAACACAGACUGAUUUACAUGUUGAGAACAUCCGGCGUCGGUUUGCUGGCAGCGAACCACUCCCGCAGAAUGAUGGUGGUGACGAUUCUGACGAGUCUGACAAUUCGGCAAAUAACGAUUGCUCCUUGGAUCCGGCAAGAUUCUCGAGGAUACCCCAGAUAAUGUCAAAGAGAGCAGUUUUAGGGGGUGAGAAAUUGAAGGGACAUGACACAACGAGCACCGAAAAAUAUUAGAUGAGGCUGAGCCGAACGUGAGAGCAACCAGUCCAAGUGUUGUUUCCACAGGAGCAACCCCGAAAGUACGAGCAAACCCACCAGCCUAACUCGUCUGUGCAUCAAGGAGACAGCGAAAUUGACCUAGGGCGAGGAACCAUUUCUCGCAUGAGCACAAAUCAGAUGUUCACGAGCAACGAUACAUCAACAAGCAACACUUUCAACCAUCAAUAGCAGCCUCCAAAGUUGGUGUGGUACGGGCAUUGCACAACCAGCGAAAAAGUCAUCUGUGAAGUAUAUCAUGUUGAACACUCCAACAGUGUUGCCCCAUGCCUGGAGGCUGACAUUGUUAAAAAUUGUGGCAUCGAGGUACAGCGUUAAGUUGCUGUCCGGGCAAUCGAACUCGAUGCCUUCACCUGAAGACAAGAGGUAAAGCUCGCGCUGAAGAUCGAGGAGCACAUUGGGGUGCACCUGGUAGGGUGUUACAGGCUCCCUUAGGGCAAUGAUAGUGGUAAUUGAUGC